CUAGUAUCUUAGCUAGAGAGAAAGGAGAAAGAGCUGCGGCGCGGGCAGAGAGAGCAAGUAGACCUGCGGCGGUGUGGCUAGGGUCUAGGCCUGGACGAAUUCGGUUAACUUGUUCAUUCAUAUAAUAUAACCAAGGUCAUUUUAUAGUCAAGAGAAGACAAGAGAACCAGCAAUAUGUCAGAAAGAAAAGUAUUAAAUAAAUACUAUCCACCAGACUUUGAUCCAUCAAAGAUCCCGAAAGUUCAUGCUCCAAAAAACAAGAAGUUCAUAGUUCGUCUUAUGGCUCCAUGUAACAUGAGGUGCAAAACAUGUGGUGAAUAUAUCUACCAAGGGAAAAAAUUCAAUGCAAGAAAGGAAGAUGUGUUGGACAUGAAUUAUCUGGGCCUAAGAAUUUAUCGAUUUUACAUCAAAUGUCCCAAGUGUGUGGCUGAAAUUUCAUUCAGAACAGACCCUGAAUCAACAGACUAUGUCGUGGAAGCUGGUGCCACCAGGAAUUUUGAAGCUGUAAAAUUACUAGAUGCAGAGGAGAAGAGGUUGAAGAAACAACGGGAAGACGAAGAAGCCAACAAUCCAAUGAAAGUUCUUGAGAAUCGAACUAAAGAUUCCAAACAGGAAAUGGAUAUUAUGGAGAAUAUUGAGGAACUACGGGAACUUAACACCAGACAAGCAGAUGUUGACCAUUUCGGGAUCUUGCGGGAAAAGGAAGAGGAUAUGAGAAGACGCCAAGAGGAAGAUGAUGAAGCAGAGAUUAGGAGAAUUUUUGGAAAAUCAUCUGAAAAAAUAAUGAAAAGGUUAGAUGACAGCGAGAGUGAAGAUGAAGAGACACCAGUGCAGAGGAUUAAAUCAAGUAAUUUCAAGAGGCCAACAGAUUUCAUUCAUGAGGACAUUGAUAAUGCGUCAACACAGAACACCAAAAAGCAGAAAGUUUGGGAUCGUAGUGUAGGACAGCUAUCAACUUCAUCAUUAUCUUCUCUUGUCAAAAUAAAAAAAGCACCUAAACACAACAAACCAGCCACAAUGGUAGUCAAAUCCUCUGCAACACCAGGAACUAAUGCGGGGAAUAAAACAAUAUAUGGAAACCUCCAAGAAAGACCAGAACCGGACAAUACAAAAGCAAUCAAGGAACUGCAUGGUCAGCCUAUAGUUACUGACCAAAGUACUGUUAAUAGUGAACAAAGUACAGUUAACCUGUCUAAUAAUAGUGCACAGGGUUCAGUAAACCUGUUAAAAGUUGAUUAUGUGCAAAGUAAUAUUAACAAGUCAAAAGUAGAGAGUGACUUAACAAAUGAUGAUACCAGUGUUAUUCUAAUGGCGCAUAUCAAAGAGGGCAUGGUAAAGAAAAAUGAACUGAAGGAAAGGACCACUGUUAGAGCAAGUGGCCUAGGGCUGGACCUCUUGGGUGGGUAUUCUGAUAGUGAUGAUUCAAACUCUGAUGCAUCUAAUUAAAAUAUCAUUCAUUACAAAUAAUGAAUCAAAGGCAGUAGCCAUUUUUAUAGUCAGUAAAUAAAAAAAAAUAAGUUGAUAGCACUUCUUUGACUAAUGAUACAUUUUUAUUCACAAUCUAUGGGACUUCUACCAACUGAUUAUUUAUUACAAUGAUCACAACCAUUCAUUUUCCCCAGAAUAGUUUUGUAAAUAAGAAAAACAUACCCAUGGUCUUCUGAAUGUUUUUUCACUUAUAAACCAAUUGCAAUUACCAUACUUCAUCUCAAUUGUAAAACCAACAGCCAUCAUUUCAUUUUGUACAAUAAAAACUUAAA